CGUGCGGAGCGGGAGGCAGCGCUGCGGGCUAGGCGGGCGCGCGGUCUCCGGGGCGGCCGGCCUCCGAGCCACUCGCCGGCCACUGCGCUCCGGGCGUCGCCACCGCCUCUGACGCCGCACCGCCCGGCAUCCCAGCUGCGGCGGGAGAGCUCCCCGAGCGGCCGAGGGGCGGAGCCAGGUCCCGCCAGGGCCGCGACCAGGGAUGAGCCGCGGAGGGCGGCACGGGCUCUGAUGCUGAUCAGGCCAGCCACUGCCGGCUGCGGGCGGCACGAUGGACCAGCCCCCGCAGACGCCCUAGCCGGGUGCGUGCGCCGGGCCGGGCGGGGCGCGCAGGUGGGGCUGCGGGCUCCUCCGUGCGCCUUGCGCAGGUCCCCCGCCGCCCGGAGGGUGGGUGCCGGCGCCUCGGGGCUGCGCCCUCCGCGAGCCCGGAGCCCGACCGGAGCCCCGCGAUCAUGGACCACAGGGACGGCGGCUCCGGGCCCGCGGCGCGCCCCGGGGCUGUGAAUGCGCCUCGCCCCGCGGCCACGCUCCCCGCCCGCCCGCCCGCCGGGACGCGGUAGGGGAUGCCCCGCUCGGCGGCGAUGGCCGGCGGCGCGCUGCCCGGCUCCCUCCUGGUCACCUGCUGCCUGGUGGUGGCCCUGUGCAGCCCGAGCAUCCCGCCCGAGCAGCUGGCCCAGGCGCCCGAGCGGGAGCGGCCCGGCCCGGAGAAGCGCGAGCACGCCUCGCGGGAGGGCCCGGGGCGGGUGAGCGAGCUGGGGCGCCCGGCGAGGGACGAGGGCGGCGGCGGCCGAGACUGGAAGAGCAAGGGCGGCCGCGGGCUGGCCGGCCGGGAGGCGUGGGGCCGGCAGAAGCAGGCCUGGGCCGCCCAGGGCGCGGGGGCCAAGGCCGGGGACCUGCAGGUUCGGCCCCGCGGGGACACCCCGCGCGAGGAGCCCCCUUCUGCUGCCGCCGCCCGGGACGCAGCCGGCCCCGACCCCGCGCCCGCGACGGAGCCGCCCGACGAGUACGCGUACCCGGACUACCGCGGGAAGGGCUGCGUGGACGAGAGCGGCUUCGUGUACGCCAUCGGGGAGCAGUUCGCGCCCGGCCCGUCGGCCUGCCCCUGCCUGUGCACCGAGGAGGGCCCGCUGUGCGCGCAGCCCGAGUGCCCGCGCCUGCACCCGCGCUGCGUCCACGUUGACACCAGCCAGUGCUGCCCGCAGUGCAAGGAGCGGAAGAACUACUGCGAAUUCCGGGGCCGCACCUACCAGACCCUGGAGGAGUUCGCGGUGUCCCCGUGCGAGCGCUGCCGCUGCGAGGCCAGUGGGGAGGUGCUGUGCUCCGUGUCCGCGUGUCCCCAGACCGAGUGCGUGGACCCCGUGUACGAGCCUGACCAGUGCUGCCCCAUCUGCAAAAACGGUCCCAACUGCUUUGCCGAAACCGCCGUCAUCCCCGCCGGGCGAGAAGUGAAGACGGACGAGUGCACCGUCUGCCACUGCACCUACGAGGAGGGCACGUGGCGGGUCGAGCGGCAGGCCACGUGCACCCGACACGAGUGCCGGCAGCGGUAGGCCCCAGCCGCAUGAGAACGCCGGCUCCUUCUGGAACACUUCCCUGAUGCGAACAUUCCAGGGGGCUCUGGGAAGUGCCACCCAAAAGGAGACUUUUGAUGAGGGACAAUGGGGGAUUGUCGGGACUUUUGCUUUUCUUGGUAACAAUUACUGCAAGAGAAGGAAGUGGAUAUAGUUCAGAACAUCACCGAGAACUCUGGGCAGGAAGCCCCUCUCUCAAUAAACGUGCUAUUUUCAGAGCAAGUGCAGUCAAGUCCACUGUUCUCUGUGCGAGGAUUUCUAUCCCCCGUCAGAGAGCUCACCGCUGUUUUCUAUAGACACAGAUUAAGAUGCUGUGCUGCCCACCGUCCGCACUGUGCACCUUCUCAGUUCUGUCCCCAUCACGUGACAUCGUUGGGGGCUGAUCCUCCUCCACGUCUCGGAACGCUGUACCCAUGAGCAGGUCAUGAAAUAAUGGGGCUGAUUUCUCCUGGGGCCCUGCCCACAUGCGGUUUCCUUUCAGAGGUAUAUCUAGCGUCUGUCCUUAGAAGGCCCGGUGUGAUUCACACAAAUGUAAUGUUCCCGUCUUGCACUUUAUUGCUGUUGUCACCUCCAUGCUGUCGCUUGGAAAAUGCAGGUAUCAGGUAACUAACGGGCACUUUUUCUGUCCAUCUGAAGCACCCUGCUGGAUGGACACAUACAUGUUUCAUUUUCACUGACAUUACUUUGUCUCCUAAUCAUGAAUUUAAAUUGUCCCCUAGACCGAGGAGCAGGGUGAGCUGGACAGCUUGCACCAUUGUUCUGUCCAGCUGAAGCAGGCAGGAAAAUAGGGAGUCCCUUGACUGACUGGAGGGGGGUUAAGGCAGAUGAACUCCUGAUUGAGUCUAUGCCUGAAGUCUGAAUGGGCACAGAAACCCCAGCACUCCAUUCAGUGGACUCACGCUUCUCCUCAGAAUGACCACAGCUUUGGCUCUAAAUUACGAUUACCCAAAAUUUUAAAGAUAAAGCAUAUUAUCAAAGUUGAGGAGGCACCCAGGCCUAUGAGACAAGCUGAACACAAAGGGCAGAAACCAAGAACAAUAGGGACAGAGUUACAGGGUCUCCAAAGAGUGGAAUAAUCAGAACCCAUGCAAGAUAACAGUGCUGUGCUCAAGGAGGUACAGGAUAAAAAUGCAAAUCUCAGCAGAGUCUUAGAAACCUAACGGGCCAGUCAAAUGGAAAAGAACCAAGAAUUUGGAACUGAGCCAAGACCAGUUUGGCUCGGUUAAUAGAGUGUCGGCCUGCGGACUGAAGGGUCCCAGGUUCGAUUCUGGUCAAGGGCAUGUACCUUGGUUGUG